UGAUGCGUGUCACAUGACCGUUGCUUUGUUCCUUUUGGUGUUUCUAAUCCUGUGCGAGAUUACGUCGUCGGCGGCGUGGGUCGUCGCUAUACAGACGCAGUUUUGCGAAAAUGUUUCAGUCGUUUUUAAAACGGUAAUGUUACACUCCUCGGGCUGGUUACGUUCAGUGUCGGAUGCAGUGUUGAUGGUAUUCUGAAUUCGUUGUGGUGCGAAAGUGUUGGCAUUGGGACGUGAGUUGCGACGGACAUGCCUGCGUUUCGUCUGGUGUCCAGUGUGAAAAAAAAGAGACAAAUCACGUUUGAUCAGCGGUCGAAUCGUCCGAGUCGCAUUAUUUAUAGACGUUAACGUUUUAGAUGCAUCUAAGUUCAGUCCAGUUCGCGUGGGCCGCACUGGUAGCGCUGGCGGUGAGCGCGGCGGGAGCUCUGCCCUCGUCGGCGCCGCACCACGUGGAGCGUCGCUCCUUCUUCACCCUCGAGUGCAAGGGGGUCUUCGAUGCGGCAAUAUUCGCGCGUCUCGACAGAAUCUGCGACGACUGUUUCAAUCUCUUCAGGGAGCCUCAACUGUAUACACUUUGCAGGAAAGACUGUUUCACGACAGAUUACUUCAAGGGUUGCGUGGAGGUGCUACGCGAGACUGACCAAUUAGACUUAUUCAAGAAAUAUAUAAAACAAAUACACGGGGCUGACCCGGGGAUUUAGGGCGGAAUGCUUUACAACACCCUACUUCAAGGGAUGCAUGGAGUCUUUGUACCUCUACGACGAGAAAGAACAGAUAGAUCAAAUGAUCGACUUCGUCGGCAAACGCUAACGCACACAGCCAAAAUUUUCGCGCCAACAGUCAACUGUCAAAAAAUUUGACAUAUAACCCGACCGCGUUCAAAAACCCGGUAGCCAUUAAACAAAAAACGCAACGGUAUACACAACUUCACCGCUUUGCAUAAAGCAGAGACGAAUAAAAAAUGCCAAGUUACAAUUUUGACGUCUGCUUUCUAUCCUCAACGUAUUCUAGUCUAUAUGCGACGUAAAUUUAAUUAUAUUUACGUACGCAACUAAUUGUAAUGUUAUCGUAAGUAUUGUAUAGGACAUAUUAUGUAUUUUAUUAAUAUUAUGUGUUAUUAAGUGUUGUAAGCUUUUUGAGGGAGUAUAAAGUACAUUCAAGGUCACCUCCUAGGUAUUACUAAAAUAAAUAAAACUAAACAAUUUGAGACAGUCACAUUCUGGUUUCGAUGCUGGUCAUCCUCUUAAAUCUGUCUCGUUAAAAUUCCGACUGAGAUUUUUCACAAUUUUUUUUUAUAUUAUAAUAAUUGAAACGCAUUCCAAACGCAGUAUUUUAAAUUAUUAGUGUAUUUUUGACAAUUUCAUUUGUUAGGCACAGUCUCUUUUGGUAUUCAUGUAAAAACCUUUAACCUUGUAGUUUAAUUAAUUUAAAAUUCACUCAAGUGGCUUGUAUUAAUGACUGUUAGUUACGUUAAUCGCCUUUAUUAGUUUAAAACACAUUACAUCUUAUUUAAUUUCAUUUUUCGUUGUGAACGUUCGACAUCUUGCUUCCUUUCGAGGGCAUAGACAAUCAAUCAUGUUAAAUUUACAUAAUCGAUCUUGACCGACGUCGACUCAAAAACGAUACCAGUGACGUCCUGUGUAACAUCUAUAAGCUUGAUCGGUCUAAGAUCGAUUGAAUUUAUUACACACAAAAAUAAAUUAGAUACUAAGUAUUUAAAAAAAAAAAAGAUUUAUUUUUAUAUACUUUCAAACUAUCACAUUGUUACUCUUUUAUUUAUUCGUAUUUUUAUAUAAUUGAGGGUUCCAAUGUGUACCCAGUCUGUAAUGUAUUUCUCUUUUUACGUACAUAUAAGUUGCGGUUUAUACUUACUUUGAAGUGUAUUUUAGUUCACAAUCUUCCUUCUCUGUUUUAGAAUCUCAUAAAUUUAGUAUUUUUUUUUUUUAAUUUUUUUUUCAUCUAGCGUUUCUUAAUUUGAAUAAACUAUGUCGCAAUCUUUGGUUCAUGGAUCAUCAAGCCAUAUCCGUGGCCGAUUUAUCGAAUACAAAAAAAAAAUGUAUUAAAAACGGUGCCAAUGUGUCCAGACUAGUUAGUUAGUAUAAUUAUUAUGUAAUCACAAAAAUGUUACUUGUAUAUUGAAAUUUAUUAAUUGUAUUCAAAAGAAAUUGUAUUUAAAAUGUAUAUUAAUGUAGAUGAAAAUUUUUGUAUUUGACUUGAUUGAAUUGAAAAAAUUGAAAAAAAAAUUAAUAAUAAUAAUCAACCAACAAGAAACGCUACGGGUUCUAUUGAAAUAUAUACGUAAUUCCUUUGAAAAA